AUGGCUGCUUCUCUAAGAAAACCUUCCACCACGCUGUCGACGAGAAGCCUUCGUCUGUUCUCGUCCUACGGAAACGUCUAUCGGUCAUCGAGGCGGGACAUGCAGACCCAGACUGCCUAUCGUCCGCAUUCUCUGCCUACCUCCUUUCCCAUGCCCCGGAACGCUGGAGUUCCCGACACCUCGAUUGCCGCCGAUUUCCCAUCGACUCCCUUUCAGCAUGUCCCGGAGAAGCAACACACCUCGUCCAACAUAAGCUACCGUGAGAGCGAGGCGCAAAAGUCGAAGCCCGUCGAGUCCAAACCCGCCACCGCCCCCAAGCCCGCGGAAAAGCCGCGGCGGAAGUUGCGCCCUAGGAAGGCCGCUAUGAAGCUGACUCCCUUGGCCAUCGAGCAGCUCCGUAAGCUUGUUGCUCAGCCGGAUCCCAAAUUCAUUCGAGUUGGAGUCAAGAACAAGGGCUGCUCGGGUCUCGCCUACCACCUGGAAUACGUGGAAAAGCCCGGGGCGUUCGACGAGGUGGUGGAACAGGAAGGCGUGAAGGUCCUGAUUGACAGCAAAGCCUUGUUCAGCAUCAUUGGCAGUGAAAUGGACUGGCAAGAAGACAAGCUGAGCAAGCGAUUCGUUUUCCGGAACCCCAACAUCAAGGAAUCAUGCGGAUGCGGCGAAUCCUUUAUGGUCUAA